AUGAAGCUGUUCCUCCUUACCGUUGUUCUUGUAGCGUUCGCCAGCUCGCAGACGACGAUAGAUCCUGUUAUCCUUGAAGCCAUCUUCAACGGAAACUAUUUACCUAAUCCUGGAACUGAAACCACUACAAAGAAACAGAACCUCGUAAGUUCCACAACUGGCUCCAGCGGACUGGGUGACAAAGAUGGCCAGAACUGUCAAUGUGUUCCUUACUACCUGUGUGAUGAUAACAUGAUAGGAGUCGACGUAAAUAACGCCAGUAUCACAGGAUAUGGAGAACUGGACGUCAGGUUCGGUGAAGAGGAUGAAAGACAAUGCCAGGAGUCCAUAGAGUACUGUUGCACAAUACCAUCAGAUCCUGCUAAGCCUACACCGCUGCCCGACCCUACCAAGAUCAAGGGCUGCGGAUACAGGAAUCCUAAAGGACUGGGCGUCACAUUUAGUCACGCCAACACCCAAUUUGGAGAAUUUCCAUGGGUGGUUGCUUUAUUGGAUUCCAGAAACCACACGUACACCGGUGUUGGAGUACUUAUACACCCACAAGUUGUGAUGACUGGCGCUCAUGUAGCUUCCAAAUAUACUCCAGAGACGCUCAGGAUCCGAGCUGGUGAAUGGGACACUAACACUGAGAGGGAGAUCUAUAAACACGAGGAGAGACAAGUCAAGGAGAUCUUUAUACAUUACAACUUCAACAAGAAAAACCUUAAGUAUGAUAUAGCACUAUUGCGUCUUGAACGGCCUCUGGAGCUGACUGAACACAUCAACGUCAUCUGUAUGCCGGAGCAGGACGAGGUCUUUGACAAUCACAAGAACUGCAUCGCCAAUGGAUGGGGGAAGAAUGAGUUCGGAGCAAAAGGAUAUUUCGCCGUGAUUCUGAAGAAAGUUGAGGUCAACAUGGUACCCUAUGACCGCUGCAGUACAUUACUGAAGAGGACCAGACUUGGGUCCAAUUUCAAGCUCCAUAACAGCUUCGUGUGCGCCGGCGGGGAAGAAGGCAAAGAUACUUGCCAGGGCGACGGUGGCGCCCCCUUAGCCUGUCCAAUAGGUAACGACAGGUACAAGCUGACAGGACUCGUCUCGUGGGGUAUCGGGUGUGGCCAAAGAGAUAUUCCAGCAGUAUACACCAACGUACCCAAGUUUAGAGACUGGGUUGACAGGAAAAUGGAAGACUGGGGUUUAUUGGGCACAUCCUACAUAAUUAAUGAUAGUAAAUAA